ACAGAGAAUCCUCGGAAGCGGAUUAGAGUCCCAAAGGUCAUGGAGGAGGGGCUAGUUGCGGUGGAAAAAAAUCCUGAAGCGGUCAGAGAACGUAGUGACUUGAAGAAAAAAGCGAAAACCAUCCAAGCAGCUGAAGGAAAUGAAAAAAGAAAAAGCCUUAUGCGGAUCUUGGAAGAAAAAAAGGCAAUGAAAAAAACUUCUCCACUUCUUGCAAAUGAACAAAAGAGGAAGAGGGAGGAAACGCCGCCAGACAGCUUCUCUGACAGUGAUGAAGACGGAGGAGGAGUUGUACCACAACGGAUAUAUGAUGAACUGAAACUGAAGUACCACCAAAUGCAAAGAAAGAUGCAGGAUCUAAAACAAGAUGCGGCCAAUUCCAAAGAAAAAUUUGCUCAACUAAACAAGAGUAAAUGUGAGCUGGAACUGGAGUUGGCUAAAUAUAGGGAGGCAAACCUUUCUCUGCAACAAAGCCUAGAUGAGGUGCUUAAACAACUCUUUUCACAAAGGUCAAUGAUGUCUCAGGUCUCUGAGCCUGUCACCAAGUCCACAACUUUAGCCACCAGCCCCAAUUCAGAGAGUGAACCUCUUCAGCUGCCGAACACCCCAAGGGUAUUGGAAAAGAAGGAUGGGAAGAUUCAUAUUGGAAAUGAGGUUUGGCUGCGAGAGGAAGUCUGGAACAAGAUCCAAGCCACAAGAAAAGACUCGUUGUACGUCAAAGAGUUAGCAGUGGCCAUCUGGGGGAGCAGUGAACUAAAACAAUGGAGUGUGUCAGGAAAGGAAUGCCCCACCAAAAACACUGAGGCAAAGCCUCCCUUGACCCCAGACAGGCUGGGAACCCUCAAAGAUUGUUUCUAUCGCUGGUUGAGGGCCCAGGAUCUGGAGAAGGCAGAGGUGGACAGGAGAUCGAAGCUGGUGGGCUUCUUUAUCUCCCAGAAAAUUCAAGACUUGAACAAGAAGGACAAAAAAAACUUGGAAAAAUGAAAUGAAAAUUGAUGGAAAGCUUUUAUCAAACUGCAUUUGUCAUUUAUUUAAAUAAGGGUUUUGGGUUUCAUUUCACUUAAGGUUUUAUUUUUAUUGUGUUUAUGCUUUAAAAUAGACUUUUAAUAGCCUUUUUAUAGUACA